AUGACUCUUGCGUUUCUACUGACCACGAAUCUCGAAAAUAACUGUUUCCUCUCUGCAUUACGCGACGAGAAGUUCAGAGCGGAUUCACUAAGGCACCGCGGACAUGCUUUGGCUCAGCUUCAAAAGUCAAUGAAGCAGAGUGAGCUAUCAACUGAGGUGUGCCUUGCUGUGACCAUGGUCCUCUGUUCUAUGGAGUCAAUAUCCGAGGCUACCGAUGCCUGCUUGGCAGACAGAGGAUUCUCUCGCGGUGGUAGAUCCGAAGCAAGCUGUUCAGGCUACUUUGAGGGGAGGUGGCUUCUCCGCAAUUUCGCCUAUCACGACAUCAUGAUGAGUGUCUCGAUGGAUUGUCGUCCAUUAAUAAGGGGGCUCUACUGGGCCUCAGAGGAUGACACACUUGCAGAUCCCUACUUUGGAUUUGCGUCGCGGAUACUCUAUCUCAUCUCCGAGACUAGCAUUCUGAAUGCCGACUUCGCAGAAGCAAAACUGGGAUCACAGACCCGCGGCCAUAGUUUUGCCAAACGCUCACACAAGAUAGAAAGUGAGCUCCAGAGUUGGGUUUGCCCUGCGGGCCACGAUGGUUCACCGCUAGCGCUGCUUGGUGAAGCCUACCGUAACGCGGCGCUCAUUCAUCUUUACCGAACCCUUUCUCGCUACAUCGAAAGCUAUUCUAGCAUUCUGAAAGCGAAUCUGAAGGCUUGUGUAGAGUCGAUAUGUAAGCUUAGCAGACAAGUGUCAGAGGGCUGCCUCGUGGAAUGCACCCUCCUUUUCCCCCUUUUCAUGGCGGGAGGAGAAGCCCAUGAGACAAGUGAGAUAGUAAUCAUUAGAGAGAAGCUUGGCGAGAUGAUCAAGUGGCGGAAAUUCAGAAACGUUGAAGUAUGUCUUGAUGUUCUUGAUGAGGUAUGGCAGCGAAGAAUGGAUGGAUCAAGGAGGGAAGACUAA